AUGGACGGCCACCGUAGCAGCAACCGUCGCAUAAACAGCCUGCAGACACGAGAGCGCCUGCGGAGCAACAGCUCGGCCACGGCCCGUGGGAAGCGCCCCGUCUCCUCGCAAGAUGCCUACCUCUAUGCCCUGCGCGUGGCAUUCCUCUCGUACCUGCUGCAGCCCCGGCAGAAGCGAGUGCAGCAUGUCCCCGCCGCCCCCAAGCACAUCCAGCGCUCGUCGACGUCCAUCAACGACCUGAUGAAGGACUUUUCGCUCAUCCGAGACUCCAAGAGCACCCGUUUCCCCCGCGACUUCAUGGCCGCCCUCGACAAACGCAUCACAAAGCUCCUCUCUCGCUCUCCUUCAGGCGCCCGGGACGUGAGGUCUGAGAGGAUCGACGGCGUCUCUGGGCGACGGGGUUGCUGGUAG